AUGAUUUUUUUUUUUUUUUUAACAAUCUGACAUGAAAAAAAGGGGCAUGAAUUUUCCCUGGAACGAUAAAGAAGGCAACCCCAGAAUAUGACACAUACUAUUAACCAGAUUCCUCAACUUAACCUUUUAUCAAUUUGCUGUGAUUUUAUAACCCGGAGUUAAGCCUUUCACUAUAAAAUACCAUACACAUACACCUUUGUUUCUUCAAAGCUCAAUUUUUCUCCGACUCCUUUGACCACUGGUCCAACGUAUAGUCACACAUACACUCACACACUCUCUCUCUCUCUCUCUCUCUGUAUCUCUCUCUCUCUCUUGCUCUUGUCUCUCAGCUUUUCUGUUUCUCUGAGGCAAAUGAAGCUAUAGGCAGUCUCGGGGUUUGAUUAAAAAACCAAAAACGACAUUGACAGUUCUUCGAGACAAAAAAGAGAGAGAAAAAAAAAAAAAAAAAAAAAACAAAGGCGGUCCCUGGAUCGCUCAUCUCCAAUGCGCAGAAAGCCUUCUCACAUUGACACCUCUCUACUCGAGCACGGAUCUUCUUUUUAAUGGCAAUAAAUCACCGCUCGCUUUAAAAAAUCAACUUUACCAAGUCAUCUUCCUCAGUUUUUCUUCUUUCCCAUUUUGAAAAAAGAAAAAAAAAAAGUUGUGGGUUUGGGCUUUUGCUGGUUUGCAACGAUGACAGAGACUACUACAGAGGCUGCAAAGACAUUGCCAGAGGCAGAGAAGAAGAAGGAGCAAAGCCUUCCUUUUUACCAGCUCUUCUCUUUUGCAGACAAGUAUGAUUGGUUCCUCAUGAUAUCUGGGAGCUUAGGAGCCAUUAUCCAUGGUUCUUCCAUGCCUGUUUUCUUCCUCUUGUUUGGUGAAAUGGUUAAUGGCUUUGGCAAAAACCAAUUGGAUUUGAGGAAAAUGACCGAGGAAGUAGCAAAGUAUGCUCUAUAUUUUGUUUAUCUUGGGCUUAUCGUGUGUGUCUCAUCCUAUGGAGAGAUUGCAUGUUGGAUGUAUAGUGGGGAGAGGCAAGUGAGCACGCUGAGGAAGAAGUAUUUAGAAGCUGUGCUGAAACAGGAUGUUGGGUUCUUUGAUACGGACGCUCGAACUGGUGAUAUCGUCUUCAGUGUCUCAACUGAUACCCUUCUUGUCCAAGAUGCCAUUAGCGAGAAGGUUGGAAACUUCAUACACUACCUUUCCACGUUUCUGGCUGGUUUGGUGGUGGGUUUUGUAUCGGCAUGGAGGUUGGCACUGCUCAGUGUGGCCGUGAUUCCGGGAAUCGCUUUCGCCGGCGGCUUAUAUGCGUAUACUCUCACCGGUCUCACUUCCAAGAGUCGUGAAUCAUACGCCAAUGCCGGAAUAAUUGCCGAGCAAGCCAUAGCUCAAGUUCGGACGGUUUACUCUUACGUUGGAGAAAGCAAGGCCCUCAAUUCUUAUUCAGAUGCCAUACAGAAUACAUUGAAGCUUGGGUACAAAGCAGGAAUGGCCAAAGGUUUGGGGCUAGGGUGUACCUAUGGUAUAGCUUGCAUGUCAUGGGCACUUGUUUUCUGGUAUGCUGGUGUGUUUAUCAGAAAUGGGCAGACGGAUGGAGGGAAGGCAUUCACAGCAAUAUUUUCUGCCAUUGUUGGUGGCAUGAGCUUGGGCCAGUCUUUUUCAAAUCUUGGGGCGUUUAGCAAAGGUAAAGCAGCUGGAUACAAGCUGAUGGAAAUUAUUAAGCAAAAGCCUUCCAUAAUUCAGGACCCCUCUGAUGGGAAGUGCUUGGCUGAUGUAAAUGGCAACAUAGAGUUCAAGGAAGUAACUUUCAGCUACCCGUCAAGGCCAGACGUUAUCAUCUUUCGAAAUUUCUCAAUCUUCUUUCCAGCUGGAAAGACUGUUGCUGUUGUUGGUGGAAGUGGGUCAGGGAAAAGCACUGUUGUGUCUCUAAUAGAAAGAUUCUAUGAUCCUAAUCAGGGUCAGGUUUUGCUGGAUAAUGUAGAUAUUAAAACACUGCAACUGAAAUGGUUACGUGAUCAAAUUGGGCUGGUGAACCAAGAACCUGCACUCUUUGCAACCAGCAUAUUGGAGAACAUACUCUAUGGAAAGCCUGAUGCAACAAUGGCUGAAGUAGAAGCAGCAGCCUCUGCAGCAAAUGCUCAUAGUUUCAUUACGUUGCUUCCUAAUGGAUACAACACUCAGGUAGGAGAGCGAGGAGUCCAACUCUCUGGUGGCCAAAAGCAGAGGAUUGCAAUUGCUAGAGCCAUGUUAAAGAACCCUAAAAUCCUCCUCCUUGAUGAAGCAACCAGUGCUCUUGAUGCAGGUUCAGAGAGCAUUGUUCAAGAGGCUCUAGACCGCCUCAUGGUUGGCAGAACAACUGUAGUGGUGGCACAUCGACUUUCCACAAUUAGAAACGUUGACAGUAUUGCAGUUAUACAACAAGGGCAAGUUGUAGAGACAGGAACACAUGAAGAACUUAUUGCCAAAGCUGGGGCAUAUGCAUCAUUAAUUAGAUUUCAAGAAAUGGUUAAAAACAGGGACUUCUCCAACCCAUCUACCCGCCGUUCCCGAUCAUCACGGCUAAGCCAUUCGUUAUCGACCAAAUCUUUGAGCCUCCGAUCCGGCAGCUUACGAAACCUGAGCUAUUCUUACAGUACCGGUGCUGAUGGGAGGAUAGAGAUGAUUUCAAAUGCUGAGACAGACAGAAAAAAUCCUGCACCUGAUGGAUAUUUCUUCAGGCUUCUCAAGCUGAAUGCACCAGAAUGGCCCUAUUCUAUUAUGGGUGCUGUAGGUUCUGUAUUGUCAGGUUUUAUUGGUCCAACUUUUGCUAUAGUAAUGAGCAAUAUGAUUGAGGUUUUCUACUACAGAAAUCCUGCUGCCAUGGAAAAGAAGACCAAGGAAUAUGUUUUUAUUUAUAUAGGAGCUGGAAUUUAUGCUGUGGUAGCAUAUUUGAUACAGCAUUACUUUUUCAGUAUUAUGGGAGAAAACCUCACUACAAGAGUCAGAAGAAUGAUGCUUGCAGCAAUCUUAAGAAAUGAAGUUGGGUGGUUUGACGAAGAAGAGCACAACUCGAGUCUUGUAGCGGCUCGAUUGGCUACAGAUGCUGCUGACGUGAAAUCCGCCAUUGCUGAGAGGAUCUCUGUGAUACUGCAGAAUAUGACUUCACUCCUAACGUCAUUCAUCGUUGCUUUCAUAGUGGAAUGGAGGGUCUCCCUCCUCAUCUUGGCUACAUUUCCUCUUCUAGUCCUUGCCAACUUUGCUCAGCAACUUUCUCUCAAAGGGUUCGCUGGUGACACAGCCAAGGCUCAUGCAAAGACUAGCAUGAUUGCAGGGGAGGGUGUGAGCAAUAUUCGAACGGUUGCUGCAUUCAAUGCCCAAGACAAGAUCCUCUACUUGUUUUGUCACGAGCUUCGUGUCCCACAGCUACGAAGCCUGCGUCGAAGCCAAACUGCUGGUCUCCUAUUUGGCCUUUCUCAGCUUGCUCUUUAUGCUUCUGAAGCUCUUGUUCUAUGGUAUGGUGCCCACCUUGUCAGCAAAGGUGUCUCAACCUUCUCAAAGGUUAUCAAGGUUUUCGUCGUUUUGGUUGUAACGGCCAACUCGGUUGCAGAAACUGUCAGCCUUGCCCCGGAAAUUAUUAGGGGUGGUGAAUCUGUUGGCUCUGUGUUUUCUAUUCUUGACCGUCAAACAAAGAUCGAUCCAGAUGACCCUGAGGCUGAACCAGUUGAAUCAAUUCGUGGAGAAAUUGAACUUAGACAUGUUGAUUUUGUAUACCCUUCAAGACCAGACAUAAUGGUGUUUAAGGAUCUCAAUCUCAGAAUCCGAUCUGGACAAAGCCAAGCUCUUGUUGGAGCUAGUGGCUCUGGAAAAAGUUCAGUCAUUGCCUUGAUCGAGCGAUUUUAUGAUCCAAUGGCUGGCAAAGUUAUGAUUGAUGGAAAAGACAUCAGGCGUCUAAACCUGAAAUCUCUUAGGCUGAAAAUUGGUUUGGUGCAACAAGAGCCAGCCCUCUUUGCAGCAAGCAUUUUUGAAAACAUUGCCUAUGGGAAAGAAGGGGUAACAGAAACAGAAGUAAUUGAGGCUGCUCGUGCAGCCAAUGUGCAUGGUUUUGUAAGUGGAUUGCCCGAUGGGUACAAAACUCCGGUUGGCGAGAGAGGAGUUCAGCUCUCUGGUGGCCAGAAACAAAGAAUUGCAAUUGCCAGAGCUGUCCUUAAGGACCCAACAAUUCUCCUCUUGGAUGAAGCCACAAGUGCACUGGAUGCUGAAUCUGAAUGUGUGCUGCAAGAAGCACUGGAGAGGCUCAUGAGGGGCCGCACCACCGUGCUGGUGGCGCACCGUUUGUCGACGAUUAGAGGUGUGGACUGCAUUAGUGUUGUACAAGAUGGGCGCAUUGUCGAACAAGGCAGCCAUUCCGAACUAGUGGGCCGCCCCGAGGGGGCAUAUUCAAGGCUGUUGCAGCUACAAAACCAUCACAUAUGAGAAGUGUUUUCUGAUUGAAAUCAGUAGCAUGGCCUUGUUGGGUGAUAAUUACGUGUGUUCAAUUAACCUUAUGAAUUCCAUUUUUCUUUUCAGUUGUAGAUAUGGGGAAUGUGGGAUGUAACAUCUUGAGAGAACUACUGGUGACCAUUACUUGAAAUAUCAAUGGAGUAGCAAGUGUUAUAUUUUAUCAAA